CGACGGCUAGAGGAAGAAGCUACUGCUCAGCCGUCGUCAUGGAAUCGUCACGUGUGGGCUGCCAUGACGUCGGCUAGCGGAACAAGCUACUGCUCAGCAUAUAAAAGCCAUGGCUUAUCAGACUGCCUCUCAGGAUCACUCAGCAUCAGCAUGACAGCCAGAGACGCGGAGGCGGAAGAGGCCCACCUGUCCAACAACACUGGUGUGGCGGGUCAAGCGGGGAGCUCGUGUCAAUCUGACCUGAAUGGCUCUUCCGGCGGGGUCGCGAGGGAGCGAGGUCGGAACUGGGGAUGGAUGCUGUCCGGGAUCAUCUGCGUCAACAUCCUGAUCCUGGGCUGUGCCUUGGCCAGUGGCACUGCUUACAAAAAUGUAAACAUCAGCACCCCUGACCUGCAGAUUUUCCUCAUUAUCCUCCUAAUCCUCACCACCACCUGGAUGAUUUAUUACGUCUUCUACACAGCCAAGUACGAAGGGUCUGUUGUAUACAAGGAUGCCCACGCUGGACCUAUAUGGCUAAGGGGAGGACUUGUGCUGUUUGGGCUCCUGAGCAUCAUCAUGGACAUUUUCAAGAUAGCCAGCUACGUGGGAUACCUUCACUGUGACUCCGCUGUUAAAGUUGCAUUCCCUGUGAUCCAAGUUGUCUUCAUAAUUGUGCAGACGUAUUUUUUCUGGGUCCACUCCAAGGACUGCGUGCAGCUGCAGAGGAACAUUACACGCUGUGGGCUGAUGCUCACCCUCUCCACAAACCUAGUUGUGUGGAUGACCGCUGUCACUGAGGAGUCCGUUCACCAAACGACGGCUCCCAAAGAUCCUGAAUAUCCUGAAUAUCCUGAAUAUCCGAGCAACGCCACUAAGAUCCACGGACGAGGCUUGUACAUCAAAGGAGCCAGUUAUGGAGACGAUAAGUGCAAGUGCAGCCACACUUCAUGUAGCGUGUUCAAAGAGGCCUACUACUACUUAUACCCCUUCAACAUCGAGUACAGUCUCUUUGCCUCUGCCAUGGCCUACGUCUUGUGGAAAAACGUUGGUAGAUUACUAGAGGAACGCGGCCACCACCACAUCAAAUUCCACAUAAAAGACGCAAUCCUCGGCCCCGUGGCAGGAGUUCUCUUAGUGGUGGCAGGCCUGGCAACCUUCAUCGUCUACGAGAUGGAGAUGCACAAUAGCCAUGAUGAUGACACGAAAGACUACGCCGUGAUGAUCCACUUUGUCAUGAACAUAGUGAUCCUGACGCUGAUGUCUGUGUCCACUGUGGUCGGCUGCGUCAUCUACAAAGUGGACCACCGGGAGCACGUGACGGAUAAAAACCCCACACGCAGCCUGGAUGUUGGGCUGCUGGUGGGAGCUUCACUGGGGCAGAUCGUCAUCAGCUAUUUCACUAUCGUAGCCAUGGUUGGAACCGGAGCCAAAGGCCACCUGAACAGGCUCAACCUGACGGGAGCUCUCCUGAUGGUGAUCCAACUCGGCCUGCAGAACUUCUUCAUCAUCGAAGGCUUACACCGGGAGCCCUACCACGAGGUGCACCCGGUGGACACAGUGAUGGCAAAUCCAUAUGUGCUGCAGCCAAGCAAGGAGCUGAGCCUCGAGGGAUCAGAUAUGGACAAAAAGCCCAGCCCGGUGCCCACGGCAUUCAACCUGCACAGCCACAAGGAAGAGCACAGACACAAACUGAUAUGGAAGAGGCGGGUGCUUAAGGAAGUCUGUGCGUUCCUGCUGCUGGGCAACAUCAUACUCUGGAUCAUGCCGGCGUUCGGAGCCAGACCCCAGUUUGACCACGACACCGAAACUGAAUUCUACCAAUUCAACUUGUGGGCUGCCGUUGUGAAUAUUGGACUUCCUUUUGGCAUCUUUUACCGCAUGCACUCAGUUGCCAGUCUGUUUGAGGUUUUCCUGACCUCAUGAUGCUGCAGGCGCAAACAAUGUGUACAGCAAACUGUUUUAGCAUUAUAAAGCUGUUUUGUAUAAACUGUAGUUUAUAUGUGAUGAUGGUUCGUUCCUCUAUACAUCUGUCAAGUAGAUAAUGACACAAAUAAAAUACAAUCCUCUCAUCUCCCAUUAUAGUCUGUAUAUGUGAUGUAAAUGUAUUUCAAAAUGUUAUUUUCAUAAGUAAAAAAAAUCAAUUGUGAAGCUAAUCUUGAUUUCUUUUUCAUGCUCUGUAUGCACAAAAUAAAGGCAAUAAAAUGA